AUGAGUGUGAUCAUUAAAAAUGGAGUAUCCACUAAGCUUAAUGACUACAACUGGGUUCCUCGUGUGAAAGAAGACAAACCUGAGCUGAGAACUCAGAUUGAUGGCCAUCUAUUCUGGGUUAAGGACCUUCUUAUAGCAGCCGCCGCCACAGAUCGCCGCCGUCGCGAGCCGAGCCACCAUCAACAUCCUGCUCUGCCUCCGGCACGGCCAGUCGCCUCCACAAGCUCAGGCGGUUGCGUUGACACUGCUGCCACAACCCGCCGCCGUAGCCAUCCCCCAACAACACAGCCACCGCCACCACAUACUAGCCUGAGAUUCAACACAGAACUCGACAAUCGCCGGCAUCCGUCAUCUUCCACCGCAUCUCCGCCGCUGUCGAUGGCUGUCUCAAGGUACGACCGCCAGAAAGUCGCCUGA